UGUAAUAGUGAGGUCACAUAUUCUCUGGGCAAAAUGUGACCAAUCAAUUUAUUUUAAAGCCCUGCACACUUGAAAACAUAUUUUCUAUGUAAGUCAAUUACAGGGAACUUAAUGUUUAACAAAACCAAGCACUUUAUCCUUUCAAAGUCAGAUUCACUAUGGCCUGCUCUUUUAUGUAAAACUAUUAAUGGGGAAGUUUGGAGUGGAAACAGCUUUCACUUACUUGCGGUGUCUAAUUAGGAGAAUUUUUGCCAUCAGAAUUAGUCAGAGUGGUUUGAGGGUGUGUAAAUUAAAAUCUUAAUUUCACUAAUUGCUCUCUCUGCGUCAGACAGCCCCUUGUGAGGGUCUAUAAAGCUGGAGGCUGUGGGAUGCUUGGAGAGGUUGCAGGACUAAACUGCUCAUCAUGAGGGUCCAGUUGAGGUCCGUUCUUCUCCUGCUGGCGUGGAGCGACCUGGAGACUUUGGCUCUCCCCCUAGAUGGAGGACUAAGACUACAGAGACAUCAGGACUGGGCUCCAGAGCGGAGGGGCUUGCUGCAGCAGGUGUUAGCACAGCUGUCCUCAGACUACCCAGACUCCAACCAGCUGCAUCUGCAGAGAGACCAGGAGGAGAGAAACCAGGAGAGGGACCAGGAGGAAAGGGACCAGGAGGAGAGAGACCAGGAGGCGAGAUCACUCAGAGCACCUCCUCGACACAGAUUUAGCUGUAAGAACUUCUUUUGGAAGACCUACUCCAUCUGCUGACAGUUGCGUCGACCAGCCCAACCACCACUAUCAAUGUUAACACUUAGCAACAAGUGAAUUCAUGAAUAAACAGCAACCAG